GUUCAAGCAGAAGCUUCAGGCUAAUAAUGUAAUUACACAUUUUAGAUUCUGUAACGUCUGUCAGUCACUUCACUUCUCUCACAAACUGGAACUGAACUCAGAAGGAGAGAGCUUUCAUCCAAAACCUAGUAAAUGGCUCUGGCUUCACCUUUCUUCUGACCGUGACUGGCUUUUUCUUCUCUGCGGUUAGAUUCAAGUCUGUUCCUCAAUUUAGGACGAUUACAUCCGUUUCAAAGCUACACCUUCAAGUCGAUGUCAAUUCUCUUGAUUGCAUGAAGCAUGAACACUCUGUUUCACUUCUCCACACAUGGACAUUAUUAUGGCGGAGAAGCCCUAUAAACUUGGUGACCAGAAUACUAGUGAUAUUGUUGUACAGUUGAGAAAUUAUGAAGGAAGACCUGAAAGGUUCUACUCUCACUCAUUCAUUCUUAUAAAUAAGAGCAAAUUCUUUGCUGAUAAGCUGUCCUGUCUGGACUCUGGCGCAUCUAUUGAAAUUCAGUGCUCAAAGUCCAAUUAUGAUUAUCAUGUUAAACUUUUAAGAUUGCUGUAUCUCCCUAUUGAGGCAUUUUGGGAUUCUUUGGAUACUGUCAAAUCUGCCAUUGGUAUUCUUCAGGUAGCUGUUGGUUUUGGUUGUGAAGAGAUCGCAAAGGCCUGUGUUCAGUACCUGGAAGCCAUUCCUUGGGAGGACAAGGAAGAGGAGGAAAUUCUAAAAACAGUUUCAAAGCUGGGACCAAUAGCCAUGCCUAUAUUAGCCAGGAUCCAACCUGUAGAUGCAAGGGCUACAAAGAAUGUUCUUGUUUCAGCAAUUCGUUUUGCCACUUCCAUUGGUGGAUCAUGUCCGCCAUUUGAUGACAAUCUUAGAACAUCUGCUCAAGAACAAGUCGAAUACAUGCUAGCAGCAGAUGCUGACACCCCAUUAAUUACAUCUGAUGAUGAGGUAAAAUCAGUAGUGAAAAUGGGUCUUUCUAAAAUUUGUUCUUCAUUUGAAAAGGAAUUGUCUUCCCUGCUUUUGGAGUCUGAUCUCACAUCCGAGACAGCCGAGGAUAAAAUAAGGCAGUGUCUUUUGGAUAUUGAAUGGAUGUCCAACAUACUUCCGAAGAUGGAUUUGAUGAAGGAAUUUGUUACAAAUUGGACUGAAAUCUCUGAUAAAAUAUUGGGGGUUAUUGAAGACAAGAAACUUGAUUCUUCCAUGUGGGCAUUGAAAUUAAAGGUAAUAGAAUUGACGGGAAAAGUCUUGGAUGCAGUUGGUUAUGGUAGUGUGAUACUCCCAGCACCAUGCCGAGUAAAACUGCUAAAGACAUGGCUACCUUAUAUAAGAAAAAUGAAGCCCCUUCUGGAAUUGAAGAGUAGCAAGGAGGUAGAGUUCCCUCACAAGAUGGACGAAGACCUCUGCGGGAACAUAGAGGAAGCAAUCGUCCAGCUAGUACUGGCAUUACCAUCAAACGAUCAAGCUGAAAUACUAACAGACUGGAUGAAAACUGAGCAGGUAAAGUAUCCGGACUUGAGCGAAGCCUUUGAAGUGUGGUGUUUUAGAACCAAGUCAGCCAAGAGAAGAUUGCUAGAAGGAGGAUUGGAUAGAGUUGGCAAUGCCACCCUUAGCCUUUGAGUUGUAAAAUUAAAUUUUCUCAUCUCCACUUUGUUUCCAAGAAGUUGAACAGAUACAACUUCCGAAUAUGAUUCAGUGCAAGAAUCAAUCACCAGUAGUCCUUCACUUGAGCAAGAACAAUAUAAUCACAUGUUUCAUAUUCAUGAAAUAAAAUUAACAUUAAGAAAGGU